GUUUAGACCUAGCCUUAUACAUGCUGUGUUGUUGGGAUAAGCCAUGUCUAUUUAAAAAGUAUAGUACAUCGUUUCAGGGCAUUCAUCCUUGAGUGUCAUUCCGAUAAGCUAUCUAUAUAGCAUGAGACGUUUUACUAACUCUGUUCUGGAUAGCAACACAAUUAACCGAGCAGCCUCGAAUACAAAAUGGUUAUAUGACAGUCCAAUCCAUUCUCAUGUAGAAGCCAAGCUGAGGUGCCUCUUGGUUGAAUUAGGGAAUGCUGAUAGAAUACUUGGAAUCCAGGUUUGUGCCUACAAAGACGGGCAAGUGAUCAUUGAUACUACAGCUGGAGUGCUGGGAAAAGACAACCCUCGUCCAGUUCAACCUGAUUCCUUAUUUCCUGCUUUCUCAGUAACUAAGGGUGUCACAGCAGGAAUGAUACAUUGGUUGGCUGAUAAAGGGAAACUAAACCUUGAUGAAAAUGUCGCAAACAUUUGGCCAGAGUUUGGUACAAAUGGGAAGGAUCAGAUAAAGGUUCAUCAUAUACUAAAUCAUACAUCUGGUUUGCACAACGCUCUUGCUGACAAUACUAGAAAUGAUCCUACAUUAUUUUGUGAUUGGGAUGAGUGUGUAAAACGCAUUGCGAAGGUUGCACCAGAAACCGAACCUGGCCGUGAUCAAUUAUAUCAUUAUCUCUCAUAUGGUUGGCUAUGUGGUGCAAUAAUUGAGCGUGCAUCCGGAAAGAAGUUUCAAGAUGUUCUUGAGGAAGCUUUUGUUCACCCACUAAACGUGGAAGGAGAAUUUUAUAUAGGGAUUCCUUCUGGUGUGGAAUCUCGUCUGGCAAAUCUUACGUACGAUAGAAAUGAAUUCCAUACGUUUUCAGAUCUAAUCGCAAAGUGUAAGUACAGGACUGCCAUACCUUCCUCAUUCUUGCCUCACAUACUUGAAAACCUCAUUUCCUUAGCAGACAAGCUCAAUGUCCGCCGUGCUAUAUUACCAGCCUCUAACGGACACUUCUCGGCCCGUGCAUUAGCCCGCUACUAUGCCGCCCUUGUGGACGGUGGUACGGUCCCUCCUCGCCAUUCCUCCUCCCUCCCACCACUUGGAAGCCACCCUCACCACCCCACGUUCCCCUCCAAGAACCAGAAAGAUGAAACAGACGCCACAGGUGAUGAAGUCGAGACUAAAAUCUUUAGCAACCCAAAAUCAAAACUUCAUGAUGCGUUCUUGGGAAACGGAAAAUAUAAGGAUUUAAUCUUACCGAAAGGAAAAUUUGGACUUGGGUUUAGGAAGGUUUGCACGAUGGAUGCAUGUUCGACGAUUGGGUUUGGCCACGCAGGGUUGGGUGGGUCCAUGGCAUACUGUGACAUUAAUAACAGGUUUUCUAUUGCGGUGACUCUGAACAAGUUGUCUUUCGGGGAUUUGACCGGAGAGAUAAUCCGGUUUGUUUGCUUGGAACUUGAUCUUCCUGUACCGAAAGAUUAUGGGAGAUCUUGUAAGUUCAUGGAGAAACCGGUGUUCAAUUAAAGGUGCUUUGAUGGAAACAAACGUGCUCAUAGUAUUCGAGGGAAACUUUACUUCUAUAGUAUUCAUGUAUUUUAUUCAUGUAUUUUUAUAGCAAUUUUGAGUAAACUGGUUUUAAGGAAGUAUACAAUUGUUGUGUAUAGCGAUCUUCUCUUCACUCAUUUGCGCAUUAAAUUUAUUUUUGUUCUUGUCGUGAUUAAUGUGAUUUCAAAGCCGAAAAGUUAUAUAUUGUGG